CCCAAUUCACCUCCUGGUCCACCUCUUGUCAUUCCCUACUAUCUGCAGCGUCGACGAGCAUGUCAUCAACGCAAGAGCUCCUGAAGGAAGCGGGGGCGUCUUCCGAUCCCAAACGCGCCGAAGCGCUUUACAAGGAGAUCUUGGCAUCGCCAAGUAGCAAGCAUGCCUCCACGGAGGAGAAAGAGGCCGAGCUCCGCCAACAAGAGGCGGCUCUUGUGAAGCUCGGUGAACUAUACCGUGACCAGAACAAUGCCCAAGGUAUUGCAGAGGUCAUCAACCUCUCGCGCGGAUUCGUUUCAUCUAUUGCGAAGGCGAAGACGGCGAAGCUUAUCCGUACACUUCUCGACUGCUUCAAUAGCAUCCCCAACAGCCAGAAGAUUCAAAUGGGUGUCUUGCACGAGAACAUCGAAUGGGCAAAGCGCGAAAAGCGGAUAUUCCUCAAGCACAGUCUCGAGACCCGGCUAGUUGGCCUCCAACUGGACACGCAACAAUACAAACCUGCACUUGCUCUAAUCGAGACCCUACUUACGGAGCUCAAGCGACUGGACGACAAGAUGGUGCUUACCGAGGUGCACCUUCUGGAGUCCAGGGUAUACCGAGGAGUUGGCAAUUUGGCAAAGGCGAAGGCCGCAUUGACGUCUGCUCGGACCGCCGCGAACUCAAUAUACUGCCCACCACACCUCCAAGCCCGUCUCGACCUCCAGUCCGGUAUCCUCCACGCCGAAGACAAGGACUACACAACCGCAUACUCCUACUUCUACGAGACGUUUGAGAACUUGAGCACGCAAGACGACCCGAGCGCUCUCGGCGCGCUGAAGUACAUGCUGCUCUGCAAAGUCAUGCUCAACCUUCCUGAAGACGUGACUUCGCUUCUCUCAAUCAAGCUUGCGUCGAAGUACGCGCAAUUGCGGGACGUGGAGAGCAUGCGCGCGAUCGCGCGUGCGCACCAGAAGCGGAAUCUCGCGGACUUCGAGAAAGCGCUGAAGGACUAUCAACAAGAGCUCUCGUCGGACCCCACGAUCCGGACACACUUGUCCGCGUUGUACGACACCCUGCUCGAGCAGAAUCUGCUCCGCAUCGUCGAGCCGUACUCGGUCGUUGAGAUUGAGUACAUCGCACAGCAGGUCGGCCAGGGCCGGCAAGCGGUCGAGCUGAAGUUGUCGCAGAUGAUUUUGGACAAGAUCUUCCACGGCGUGCUUGAUCAGGGUCGCGGAUGCCUGCUCAUCUUCGAGGAGCCCCAGGCAGAUAGGACAUACGGUGCUGCGAUCGACACACUGGAACAAGUCGGCAAGGUCGUGGACUCUCUAUAUGCCAAGACUGUCAAGUUAGCAUGAUGUGUUACGCGACACUUGUAACUUUCUGUAUAUCAUUGCGUUUGCAUCUCC